GAAAACUCCAGCGUCUCAGACCGUGCCAGACAGACAGACAGACAGACAGGAGGACAGACAGACGAGAGACACCCCCGCAUAGUUUCCGUCAGCCGGGUGACGUCUCCGCCUCUCAGCCCGUGUGCAGUGUGACGUUACGGGGCUGUAGUGGAGCCUCUCUCUGCAUCUUGUUGACGGUCCGCCAGGCUUUUCCAGUACAGAGAAGACCCCGGAGCGGAGAGGACGACGCGGACGUCGUUCAGGCAACGGAUCAGAACCUAGAGACCUUCCGGAACCAUCAUGCAUGUUUGCAGCUACCAGAAGACUUUCAUUUAGUAAAGACUUGAAGGGAAAAACGGAAACCAGGAAAACAAGAAACAGAGGUCAGAAGAAAAAGCGAAGGACGAUAAUUCCCAUACUUGGACAUGGCCAGCACUCAGACCAGUUUGAAAACCCCUUUUAAAGACUUGACCUCCUUUAAGGGCAACAUGAAGAGGCCAUACAGGGAGCGAAUGGAGGACGCGCCCAUCAAGAAGCGAGUGAUGGCAGAGAUCAAUCUGAAGAGGCGCGGUUUGGACUCCUUCCCGAAACUUCCCAAGGUGAAGAAGGAGCUGAUGGAAGAUCUAGCCCAUGAGGCUGAGAUGGACGCCGAGGCCCGGAGCGAACUGCACAUCGUGGGCUCCGUGAAAGCCCUGGACUUGAGUCCUGGUCUCAAACACACGCUGGCUCAGUUCACCCUCAGCAGCCAGAGCUCCCUCGGUGGCCCGGCCGCGUUCUCGGCCCGAACGGGCCACGAGAGCUCCCCCGCAGGACUGCCGCCCCUGCCCUCCCCACCUGUUCUGGGUGGAGGCCCUCUUCUGGUUCCUUGCGACAGCUCCACCGAACUCACCCACUCCCUGUUAGAAGGAGAGUCCAUCUCCUGCUUUGUGGUUGGCGGCGAGAAGCGGCUCUGCCUUCCUCAGGUGCUGAACUCAGUGCUGCGGGACUUCUCGCUCCAACAGAUCAACACCGUGUGCGACGAGCUGUACGUCUACUGCUCCCGCUGCGACGCCGAGCAGCUGCACAUCCUGAAGGUGCUGGGCAUCCUGCCGUUCAACGCUCCAUCCUGCGGCCUCAUCACGCUGACUGACGCGCAGCGGCUGUGCAACGCCCUGCUGCGUCCCGGUGCCGCCCUCCCCACCGACCCCAGCGGCAAACGGUUAUCCCAGGGCCUGCUGAAGGAGAGCGAGGCCAGCUUCCAGGUGGAGCACCAGUGUCUGGGCAAGUGUCAGGGCCUCUUCGUGCCCCAGUUCUACACCCAACCCGAGGCCCCCUGCAUCCAGUGCGUUGAGUGCCAGCUGCUCUUUUCGCCACAGAAGUUUGUCAUGCAUUCACACAAGUCACCUGAUAAGAGGACCUGCCACUGGGGCUUUGAUUCAGCCAAGUGGCCCUGCUACCUGCAACUAGCCAGGAAGUACCAGGGAACUCCGGAGGAGCCCAAACUCAAGCAGCUGCUGGACGAGGUCAAAGAGAAGUUCCACUAUCAGCUCAAGAGCUCCCUUGACAAAAAGUCGGGAGAGGAAGAGGAGAGCCAACUGAGGAAGUCCUCAGUGGAAAUUUGCUCCGCUUCAGACAAGUUAGCUGACACAGAGCCUACGAGAAAGGGGAAACCAUCCCCACCAGCUCUGAUGUUCAACCGUCUUUUUACAGACAUAAAGGAGGAGCCAGGACACCCCACCCUGGUCCAUCCCAGUUACUACCUGUACACAUACGAUAAGAUGGUGGCUCCCAAUGUUUCUCUGAGGACGGAGGCGGAGAUGAGCCCUGAGGUGUUCGGCGUCCUGCUCAAGCAUCACUUCAGCCGCAGGAUGCUGGGCCACGAAGAGCCACCAAUGGAUCUCCACGCGUCGCCUCCUGUCACAGCCGGCGCCGAGGAGGCCAAAUCCCAGAGCGCGGCGGCUGCUGCCUUGGCCACUGAGCGGGAAAGCCAAACCCAGGCAGUUUCCAUGGAGACGAGCAGCCCGUGCUGCAAGAAAGCCACCCACAUCCCCUCCCACACUCCUCCUCCGGCAUCUCUUCCUCGGUCUGCGUCGAUGCUGUCGUCGGAAACGGAAGCGGCGUCAAAGGACAUGAGCGCCGCCGUUGCUGCGCCGUUAGCGGCGGCGGUGGGGGUUGUGGAGGACGACAAGGACAGGAUUGUUGUGGAGAUUAUGCAGAUGUACAGCACGCAGCAGGAGAAGCUCAACUCCACCCUGCAGAAACAGCUGCAGCUGGAAAUGGAGCUGGAGGCGUUGCGUGGGGGUGAGGCGGCGAGGCUACGAGAGCUGAGCGCGGAGCAGCGGGAGCUCCGCAGCGAGCUGGAGGCGGUGCACAGCGAGCAGGCGCGGCGGCUCGGACAGGCCCGGCAGGAGCAGCUGGAGCUGGAGAGCCGCCUGGAGCAACUCCGGCAGCAGGCCUGCGCCUGCGAACCCGGGGCCCAGCGGCAGCAGGAGGCCCACUACACCGCUCAGUUGUCAGAGCUGCGGCAGAGGCUGGAGAGGGCCGAGGCCGACCGGCAGGAGCUGCAGGAGGAGCUUCACAGGGAGCGGGAGGCGCGGGAGAAGCUGGAGCACACCAUUGCCCAGCUCAAGCAGCAGAUGGCCCAGUCUGGCAUGAUGGGAGGCAGCCCCUCUCCCCCUCUCACUCCUUCCACUGGACCCCUGAACGCCCACUCCCCACCCUGCUCUUCCUCCAUUGCUGAGGCCACUGUGGCCGGCCUGAAGUAACUGCGACAUUUUCUUCCCGUCACUCGCCAACUCUACAGACACAAAACAAUUCAGCCUGACCCAUCGCAGGCUCCCCUUCUGAUCCCUGUUUUUAAAAUAUACAACAUGACAAAAUUUAUGUUUUGGGUUUUUUUUGUUUUUUUUUUAACUCACACACAUAUAUAUAUAUAUAUAUCUCCAGUCCUCUCUUUAAACAGUAUUUAAAGACUUUUUGGGCAUGUAUGUUUGAUUUAAUUUAUAGUUUUUAAUAAACUAACUGCUGCUUUAGAGACAGGAAGUUCCAUCACUAUCCUUCCCCGCCUGGAUCGUCGUCCUUCCUGCUCCCUGGUUCGUGAACACUCUGGAUUUUGGACUCCACUGUUCCUCGCUGGUGACACUUUAUGCUACUACCUGGCACAGCCGCCAGUACCUACAGACUUUGUAAACAUGAAGCUCAGAUUCUGAAGAAUCAGCGAGUGGAGGAGUUUAAAAUGACAUAUCUCUCUCUAUAUAUAUAUACUAUAUAUAUAUAUAUAAAAUAUAUAUUUUCUUUUGGACUCCUUAUAAACACAAAUAAAUAUAAUCAUGUUAAAAUAUUAAGUCUUUAUGGAGGAAAAAAGACCUUUACUGUACAAUAGCAGACAUUUGUCAUUUGCAGAUGUUGUAGGACCUCAUGAAAAUAUGUCAGUAAUGAUGUUGAAGUGACUGAGUGUGACCUCUCCCCAAAGUCCCUCUACACUUCUUGUACUUAGCUAUGAAAUACUACAGCCUGGAGGGCAGAUUGGUUUCCUCUUCAUUGGACCAGCCAGCUGCUGGUCCGCGGGUCAUUCAGACAUCGAACUAUGCUGGGUUUUUCAAACAUUCCCUUUUCAAAACUGCACAGAUUUCUCCGUCAUUUGUUUCCUCUGGUUCAAAUCCCUUCAUGACACCAAAACAAGCUGGAGAGUGAUCAGAAUGAACAAAAGCGUUACCCCUCCACACUGGUAGACAAGGCUACAACUUUUCAACCGACUAGCCUGGAUCUCUUGGGUAGAAUUUCAAAAGAGCCAAUCAGCGAACAGAAGGAGACGAUGACGUCGACUUUCUGCGAUGGUUUGGUAGCCUGCCUUUAGCUUUAGCAAUGACAGCGGAGGAAGUGAACGUAGCCUUUUUGUCCAUGUCGGCCACACUUCCACGUAUUGAAUCUUCCUCUCUCUUUGCAGUGGAGGAUGGUUGUUUACAGCGCAGGUAAUUUCCGCAAAGCGUUAUUGCGUCAAAUUUGGGUACAAUUUAAAACUUCAGCAGAGCCUAGCCCUCCAGCUAGCAAUCGGUUGAAAAUGACCAACGGUCCAGACGCUGUGUACUGGCUUUUGGUUUUACAGAACUUAAAGUCAUCCUCUGACGCAUUAACUAGAUAUUUUAAAGCUUUUUAUUCAACAGUGAGCCUACGAAUAGCAGAAUGACUGCAGCUACUAAACUUAGCAAGUGUUUAUUCUAGAUUGUUCCUCAAAUCUAUGCAAUAAAACCAACAUAACAGUAAAUACAUCUUAUAAAUUAUAUAGUUUGCCAGUUUUUUAAAAAUAUUGAUUUAAAAAAAUGAUAAUAAUCUUCAAAUCACCACACCCAGCCAGGAAAUUCGUUAAAAAGGAAUUAAAGUUGCAUUUCUCAUUUAAUUUAACACUUAUUUGAAAAAGUGUUAAAAUAUUUUAAAUCACUAUUUAAAACCUUCAACCUGCGGUAUUUUUCCUCGCUCUUUCUCACACUCUGAUCUCACGCCGGUAGUUUGGACGCAGGAGGGUUUUUUUUUUUUUUUUUUUCUGCGUUACCUGAAAGAACCCGCAACGUGUCCGCACACACCGGAGCGUGUCGGUGCCUCGCAGCCGUCCGUGCGGAACGGUGGCUCCUCAGUUCCCCAGCAGAUGAUGAAAGCCGCAGGCCGUCACGGCUCUCCCAGCCCCUCUCUUCACUGGCAGCCAUUCUUGCCGUCUUAAGAAUGCGGGUCGCAGGUGAAAGCUGCCGGUUCGCCGGGAGUUUCGGGUUCUGUUCGCACUUGUUCACGAACAGCGUGAAGCGGUGGACAUUGAGCGCCGAGGCUCGCUGGGGCCCCUCUGGUGGGAUGACCCACAUCCAGAUCCGAACCCAUCAGGACCAGGCUGAAGCGUUUUUUAUCGCCACUAUAAAAGAACAGAACAAAUCCCUAUGAGCGUCUAUGCGAGUGCGUGCGUGUGUAAAUAACUGUAACGGAAUAGUCCUCGGUUAAAAAAACAAACAAAAAAAUAAAAAUACUGAGCUUCUUUUUUAUGCAUCUGCUAUUAAUGCAAAUUGAUAAGACAUUCCACUGUGCUCCAUCCUGUUCGAUGCAGAUUUUCUUACACAGCCUCCCUUUACAGAGACCGACCGGAAGGAGCGGACAGAGAGAAGGCGGAACAAAUGUACACUCUACUGUUGUUGCAUUGAAAACAUUAAGAUGGUGAAAGAAAAAUGUUUAACAUAUAAGCGAAAGAUUUAUAUUCACUUUGUAAAUAAGGUAGUCAUUAAUAUAUUAACUGUUCUUAUAUAAAUAAUCUAUAAAAGGUUAUAUGAUUUGGACCACAGCUGAGGCUGGAGUGGGCCUAAUUGUUUUUCCUUUCUUUUAUUUAAAAAAAAAAAGAGAAAAAGAUAAAGGACUCUUCUAGAGUGGGGAAUGAAGUGCAUGGUUUACUCAGACAUCAACUAUAAAACUGAAAAAAAAAAAAAAAACUUUGUUACACAUUUUUACUCCACUUUCAGAACCGACGCUGUUGUUUAUGGAUUUUAUCAUGACAGAUUUUGUUUUUGCUAUUUGAACAUUCUUCCUUAAUCUAAAUCAGAAAUUUGUUCAAGAAGACAUUUUGGAGAAAAAAAAAACAAAAAGAAGAAAAAAUUUUUUUUGCAUGUUUUGCUGCCCUUCCAGUUUUUGUCGCCAAGUUUCAAUCUGUUUAUUGUUAGAAAAAAAAAGAUUUCCCUCCUCAGAUUUUUAAAAAGGCUCAUGUGCAUGAAUUAUUGAACAUGUGCAAAUUUUUAUCUCCCUUGUGGUUGAGAGGCUGGCCAGGACAUGAAGUCACAUGUCCUGGUGUCCAGUAUGAUCAUGAAGAUUGUAGACUGUAGAAUAAUUUGGUCUGACUAUUUUUUCCCUCAUAUUGAAAUCAUGUGAAAUCAUCUGAUUGCCAUCAGAUUCUAAUCAGUAUUACUUUUAUUCUCCUGUUUGCUUUUGCAGCAAAAAAAUUCACCCAAGAUGUUUUCUUUUCUACUGUAAGAGAAGUUUGCAUUGUAACCACAAGCGGGCGCUGUUUAGUCUUUUUAAGUGUGCAUCUAUUACUAACCAGUAGGAUGAAAAAAAUUCCUUUUAAGAUGGCAUGCUGGGCCUUUCUUUGGCUUUUUGCAGCGCUUUGAGAGCUUAGAUGUGUUUUGUACAGUUGUGAAUUUUGCCAAACUGAUAAAAAUGAAAAGAUGGAGCCUGGAAAAUGACUGCAGGAGGCUCAGAUUGACAGUCGAAGGUGGAAUUUACGCAAAAAUAAACCUAAAUCUGUUACUUUCCUAUCAGUGCUGUUUGAAAACAUGAAACGCAGUGUCUGUGUGUGUGACCAUUGCAUACUACGUUGCCAAUACUACAGUGUGAUGAGACUUUUUUGUUCUUGCAUGAAUUAGAGACACUGUUCUCCUACCUCAUGUUGUGAUAUAAGAUGUUUUUUAAAGCAGAGGACACUGCAUCUCUAACUGUUGAGCAUCAUUAUUAAAUGACAUACCUGUAAAUGCUUUUAGCCGAUACCACGGUUGUAUUUAGUGUUUUUGUUUUGUUUUGUUUUUAUUUCUGAAUCCCCCCCCCCCCUCUUUCUUCCUUGAUUUCAGAAUUUGUAAAUAAAUCCUGUAUAGACGAUGAACUUGGAUCAAAUUCAAGUAAAGUUCUGUAGUGUCAAAACGA